AUGGGGUACGUACAUAUUGUGUCGUUUGAUGACUUCUUGAAGCCUGAGACAACAGCCUUGUGGUGGAAGCGCCUCAUUAUGAAUUCUUCCAAAGUAGGCAAGGGUUUGUUUAUAGAUAACAAGGCGCACAUAUUGGUUUCAAAACACUGGAUCGAAGCUAUUGAUCCAAGGCAUCGUUAUGGGAACAACUUACAUCUAUAUUAUAAAGAGUGGUUUAAAAGUUCUACCAAUCAGCAUUUCUUAUUCUGGUUGGACUUAGGAGAUGGCAAAGAGGUUGAUCUUGAAGAGUGCCCAAGAUCAAAGCUUGAUCAACAAUGUGUCAAGCAUUUUGGACCACAAGAGAGAGAAUAUUACGAGUAUGUGGUUGUUGAUGGAAAAAUACUGCACAAUAUAACCAGAAUUCCUCUUCACCAUGGAUCUCCACAGUUGAAAUAUAUCUUUGUAGUGAGCACAUCUAAAAAACUCUACAUUGGAGAGAAAGAGCGAGGAUUUUUCCAUCAUUCAAGUUUUCUUGCAGGAGAAGCCACUUUAACUGCUGGGAGACUCCUGGUAAAAGAUGGGGUGCUUAAGCGCAUCUCACCUUCUAGUGGACAUUAUAAUCCCACUGAGAAUAGUCUUGAACGAUUUCUAUCGAUUUUAAAGAAAAAUGGAGUCAACCUUCACGAAGUCCAGUGUAUCGUUCUUCAUGCAAUGGGCAAGAAGGAUAAAACUGAAAAGGAGAAACAGGAGAUUCUGCAGCAGAGACAUGGAGGAAUUUAUAGGACUGGGGAAGAUUUGCGUGGAAAUGAUUACGUCAACGGUGAAAAUUGCAUGCAAAGCUGGGUCGGGUCAAAAGGGUGA